AUGAUCCCGUCUCGGUCGUUCCUUUCCUCGUCUUGGAAACUCAAGGCAUGUUACGCGACGAUACGUAGAAGAGCUUUCGCUUCAAGUUCCACAAUCACGCCGGUCGACCUUGAAUUUGACCUUCACGCCCCCUCAGGAUCUUCUACACACUCGAAUACCCGAAAGGACGUCGGGGAUCCCCUCGUUAUACUGCAUGGUUUGUUUGGAUCCAAGCGUAAUUGGAAGUCACUUGCGAAGGCGUUUAGCAGAGAGUUGCAUAGACCGGUGUACACUCUGGACCUUCGGAACCAAGGCUCGUCGCCUCACGUCCCCGGAAUGACCUACUUACAUAUGGCGGCCGACGUCCUUCACUUCUGCGAGACGCACAAACUCAAACACGUAUCUCUGAUGGGCCACUCUAUGGGAGGAAAAGUGGCUAUGGCAUUCGCACUCAACCCUGCACUUCCGACGUCCCUUCUUUCGAACUUAAUCGUGGUGGACAUAGCCCCUUCCAUCGGCAGCAUCUCGGACGAAUUCAUGGGAUACAUAGACGCGAUGCGGGCCAUCGAAGCUGAGGGAUUCAAGACGAGAAAAGAAGCCGACGCGUUGCUACAGAAAUGGGAGAAGGACCCCUCUAUUCGCGCGUUCUUACUGACAAACUUCAUUCCGGGCACGACACAUUCCCCGCACGGUAAAUUCCAAGUCCCGUUAGGCACGCUUGCAAAUGCCAUCCCAGAAAUUGGCUCAUUUCCAUACAAACUCGGCGAACGUACUUGGGAAGGCAAUACUCUCUUUAUUAAAGGGCAGAAGAGCAAGUACAUUAAUCGUCAUAAUAUCCAUACAUUGCACGAUUACUUCCCGAAUAUGGAGCUGGAGAAGCUGGAUACCGGACAUUGGGUUCACGCGGAGGACCCACAUAAUUUCCGAAUCCUUGUAGCAAAUUUCUUGAAUAAACACUCCAAAGAGUAUCAUACAUCGUAA